GGAAGGAGCCAGGAAAGAAGGAGGCUGGGCCGCUUCUCCGCACCUCCGUGGCCACUCCAUGCCUUGCCUCCCGGGCCCUUCUGCUCGCCCGGCGCGGUAGCCAUGGCCGCCGUGGCCGUCCUCCGAAACGACUCGCUCCAGGCCUUCCUGCAGGACCGGACUCCGAGCGCCUCCCCGGACUUGGCCAAGCGCUCCCCGCUGGCCCUCUUGGCCGCCACCUGCAGCCGCAUCGGGCAGCCGGGGCCGGGCUCUGCCGCCCCGUCGGACUUCCUUCCGGGCCCCUACGAGGCGGGCCUGGGCUCCCCGCCUCCGCCGCGGCUCUUCCACCCGUGGGGCGGCCGCGAGAUGCCGGCGCACUCCCCGGGCGGGCUGGGCCUGCAGCAGCCGGGCUUCGCGGCGGGGGGCGGGCACGAGCUCCCGCUGACGCCGCCCGCCGACCCCUCGUACCCUUACGAGUUCUCCCCGGUGAAGAUGCUGCCUCCUCCCCCGCCGCCCCCUCCUCCUCCUCCAGCCUACGCUCAAUACGCCGCCCAGGCCGCGCUGCCGCCGGGCUACUCGAGCCUGCUUCCUCCUCCGCCCCCGCCGGCGCCGGAGGAGCUGCCCUGGUGGAGCGUCGUCCCGCAGGCGGCUGCUGCGCCCGGCGCAUGCGCGCACGGCUUCGCGAGCCUGCCACGCGGCGGGCUGGUUUUGGCGCCCUCGGAGCUGGCGCAGUACCAGGCGCAGCUGGCGGCGCUGCUCCGGCCCAAGGCGCCCCUCCCGGCCGCGGCGCGCAGGUGCCGCCGCUGCCGCUGCCCCAACUGCCAGGCCGCCUCCGCCUCCUCCUCCUCCUCCUCGGCGGAGCCCCCCGGCGGGGGCAAGAAGCGGCAGCACGUGUGCCACGUCCCGGGAUGCGGCAAGGUCUACGGGAAGACGUCGCACCUCAAGGCGCACCUGCGCUGGCACACGGGCGAGCGGCCCUUCGUCUGCAACUGGCUCUUCUGCGGGAAGAGCUUCACCCGCUCCGACGAGCUCCAGCGGCACCUGCGGACUCAUACCGGCGAGAAGCGCUUCGGGUGCGCCGAGUGUGGGAAGCGCUUCAUGCGCAGCGACCACCUGGCCAAGCACGUCAAGACCCACCAGAACAAGCGCCUCAAGGCCGGCGGUGGCAGCGGGCACCACCACGCAUGCGCCGUCAAGAGGGAAGCCGAGGCGCCCCGGGAGGCGUGAGGAAGGGCGCGAGGCCCACUCCAAGGCUUCGGCUCCUCCUGGAAGGGACUUCAAAGGCGCCACGUUUGAGGGCUUGGAAUAACAUCAGGC